UGACAAAGCGAGCCGUGAGGUCCCCGAAACAUGUCUCUUCUCCCCUGGGUCGUCAUGCUGAAAAAUGACCGGGGAUGGGAAUCUCCCUGCCGCUUAAUUUAGCGAUUCGCUUCAUCGCAGCCGAGUCACCUGUUUGAGCGUUAGAAACAAACAAGAGGCGGCCGGGGGCUUCUUUAUUUAUUCAAGAGAAGAUGGCGGAGUUUUCGCCCGUCCUGCCGAUGCGGGAUGGAGGAGGAGGAGGAGGAGGACGAUUGGGCCAGCCUAUCUUCCCUCGGUCCAGGUCCGGUUCCGAGUCUGAGAGCGAACUAUCCCAGAGCCUGGCCCGGACAAAGAUCCGGUCGUACGGGAGCACGGCGAGCGUCACGGCCUCUCUGGGGGAGAAAUACAUAGAGCAUCGGGUUACGGACAGUGACACCCUGCAGGGGAUUGCUCUGAAAUACGGUGUUACGAUGGAACAAGUCAAGAGAGCCAAUAAGCUGUUCAGCAACGACUGCAUUUUUCUGAAGAACAGCCUCAACAUCCCUGUGUUGUCGGAGAAGCGCUACAUAUUUAAUGGACUGUCUCUGGAGUCUCCCGAUGGGGACGCUGAAGCAGCAUGCCCGGAGGCAGAUUCGCCCUGUGUUGUGACGCAGGACAUCGAGGGACCCUCGCCACCCCUUUCCCCGCCCCCCGAGGACUCCAAACCACCCCAGCCAGAGGAGCUGUCAGCCAAAGACUUCUUACACAGACUGGACUUGCAAAUCAAACAGUCAAAGCAGGCAGCGCGCAGGCUGAAAGAAGAGGAAGUAAGGAACAACGAGGACGACUACACGGCCCCCACGACGUCAUACCAGGAAAUAUGAAGGACCUGUCUGUUUACCUUAAGCUCUGUCUCAGACACACAAACAUACUGUAUACAGGCCCACAAACACAACCACAGUCUCUUUGCUUUUUAUUUUCUCUUGACCUUUUUGCUUUUACCAAACCCUCUUUGAGCAAGUGUCAUGUUUGCCUUUUAUUUAUUGAAAUGCAACUACUCUGCGUAUAUGAUUGUUAUUGUUUUGUACAGCUGUACUGUAAGACUAAGCAGUGCAAGGGGAACAUGUCGUAUAAAUAGCUUCCGAGCACACGGCCCCUGUCCUCCCUCGUAUGCUACUGAAGCUGCUGUACAGAACCCACCUGCUGCACAUGUACACACACACACACACACACACACACACACACACACACACACACACACACACACACACACACACACACACACACACACACAGGCACAAAGCGCUAAGCAACUCCAGGAGGAUUAGCUUGUCAGACUCGCUAACCGCUUCUGAUGUUCUAAAUCCCCCAUUACAGUAAUAUCAUCGGAAAGUGUAUACAGGCCUUCCUCAUCAGUGUUUACCCAGUACGAGCUCACCCCAAUCUGACGCGGGGGUUUGACUCAAGCCUUUGGACACGUCCUGUUUGCCUCAUUGAAGCUUUUUUUUUCUCUUUGCGAUCAGAAGGGAGUGCUCUAUUUUUUUGAAGUGUGAAUGCAUUAUUUAUGUGUGCGGGGAACUGUCUGUAACAGCUGUUAUAUUGUGCUUUAAAAUUCUAUUGUUUUAUUUCUGAGAAUAAAUGUAUAUUUAAACCAACAA